AUGUUAAAAUGGAAAUGUUAAGAGAACAAAUUGAUUUCAUUGAAUUUUUAAUAAAUUACAAUUUAGGCUGGAAAUGAAGAUCUUCUUAUAUUAAAGAAACAUUUAGAUUGUAAAACAACAUAUGUUGGUAUUAGAGAUAUUUAUGAUAAUGUUAUAUUAAUAUAAGAAUUAGGAAUUGCAAAAGUAAUAAGUUAAUUUAAUAUUUUAGACAUGUAAAGUUAAGAGUAAAUUAGAUGGGAAAAUGUAUAUUUGUAAAUGUUAUAAAAAAUAAGAGGUUGAAAAGUAUAAAAUAUAUGAGUAAUUGGUUAUUCUGCGUAAAUUAAUUGAUUUCAAGAAUGUUGCUCAAUUAAAUGAUUUCUAUGAAUCAUCUAAUUCAUAUUAUUUGAUUUUUGAAUAGAUGAAUAAGAUACAUUAUCAUAGUUUUUGUCAUGAAGAUAUAUAAUCAAUGAUGUUUGUAUAUUAAAUUUUAAAUUAGGAUAUUUUAUGUUGUAUUAAAAUGUUGAUAUCAAAUCGUAUUUUUCACUCACAAAUUACUUUAUAGAAUAUAUUGAUUGAUAAGAAUAUGAAUUACAAACUUUCUGGUUUUGAACAUGCAGAAUUAUUAAGUGAAGAUAAUCCUAUUUUCAAUUCUUUAAUGUUAAAUAUGGCAGGAAAAAUGAUGAUCAAAUUGUAUCAUAUAAUUAUUUAAUUAGAUAUUAAUACAACUCUAUAAAUAAAGAAUUAAUAUCUAUACCUGAUUAUGGUAAUUCUCUAAUUUAAGGAUUAUUAGAAAUUAAAUUAGAUUAAUAAAUUAAUAUAGAGUAAGCAUUAAGUCAUUAAUACUUUGAAUAUUUUGAUUACAAUUCCAGUCCUAUGAAGUAAUAAUAGAUUAUACCAAAAUUGAAAUCUUUUAUCACUUAAUAAUCUCUAUCAUCCCCUAUUGAUAGUAACAUUUGA